GCUACCUUCAGCCCCACAGAGCGCAGAAGAAUUUCACUGUCAGAGAGGAAGAGCGCCUCCUCUGUCAAUCUUUAACGAUCAAGAGAGAGCCUUUGCUGUAAAAAUUCAAACUUUGGUAGAGAAGGAAGGUGGCAGGCUCCCAAGAAGGUUCGGUUGAGACGAGGAAUAGCCUUCUCCAGGGGUUUCUGUCGUCUCUGUUUGCAAGCAUUGGGGGAGUUUUCGGGACGUUCAGCGAAGCCGACUGUCCUUCAUUUCCGAGGAUGGACGUGAGAGCAGAUGUUAUCCAUCAACAGCCGAGAGGAGCAGAGAAGGCAAAGAAUGUCCUGGGGGAGGCAAGAAACAGGAGAGUUCUGCAGGAUAUUGGUAACCUGGUCACUGAUCGAACUGCUCAAGUGAAACCUGCAGCUCAAAUUGCCCAUCCCGUUCGAAGGAGUUUCGGAGCACAACUAGUGGCCAAGGCACAAGCAGCAGCAACCGAGAACAAGAAACCAACAGCUUUAGUCAUAGAUAGCAAACUUGCAGCAGAACCAGAGCCUGUCCCGAAGCAGGUCGCUAGGAAACCCGAUCCCGAGGAUGUCAUUUUGAUAAGCUCCAGUGAAUCUGAGAAAGGUUCAGCCAGCACUAGGAGAGCACUCAGAAAAGGGUCUUCGAGGAAGAAAGCUCUCACUUCAGUUCUCACAGCUAGAAGCAAGGCUGCCUGUGGGCUUGCUGAUAAGCUCAAUAAUUUGGUGAUCGACAUCGAUGAAGGUGAUGCAGAUAAUGAGUUAGCUGUGGUUGAAUAUAUCGAGGAUCUCUACAAGUUUUACAAAGAGACCGAAGAUGAGGGUCGAGUGCACGACUACAUGGACUUGCAACCCGAGGUCAAUGCCAAGAUGAGAAUGAUCCUUCUUGACUGGUUGGUCGAAGUCCAUCGCAAGUUCGAACUCAUGCCUGAGACUCUGUACCUCACCAUAAACAUUGUGGACCGCUACCUCUCGGUGAAAGCUGUCCGUAAGAAGGAACUUCAGUUGGUCGGAAUCAGUGCAAUGCUCAUUGCUUCCAAGUAUGAGGAGAUUUGGGCUCCUCAGGUCAACGACUUUGUGUUCAUAUCAGAUAAUGCCUACAUGAGUGAACAGGUCCUGAUUAUGGAAAAGUCGAUACUGGAGAAGCUCGAAUGGUACAUGACAGUUCCCACACCAUAUGUCUUUCUCGUGAGGUACAUCAAGGCCUCUGUUCCAUCGGACACUGAGAUGGAAAACAUGGUGCUCUUUCUUGCUGAAUUGGGUCUAAUGCACUACCAUACUGUUAUCUUCUACUGCCCCUCGAUGAUCGCAGCUUCUGCUGUCUAUGCGGCUCGGUGUACGCUCAACAAGAGCCCUCUCUGGACCGAAACUCUAAAGCACCACACAGGCUACUCCGCCGACCAGCUCCUGGACUGUGCCAAGCUGCUUGUUAGCUUCCAUACUGCAGCUGCAGACAGCAAACUUAAGGCAGUUUACCGUAAAUUCUCGAGUGUGGAUCAUGGCACCGUGUCUCUUCUUGCUCCGGCAAAGACCCUUUCAGUUGAAUGACUCAUUAAAGAAGAUAGGCCUUCGACUAAAUUCUCAUUUCGAAGGUCUCCUUAUCUAGUAGCUCUAUAGGGUGCCCACAAUGCUGUGGCGGGUUCUAUAAUCUGUGAGUAGUUUUAGAGAACUAGUGGAUCAUUUUUCUUUUGUGAUCUUAGUGUUUAUGAAUGAUUCUCUACUAUGAGUGACUGAACUGAAUUUCAAUCUAUGAAUGGAAUGGUUUGUUGUGUA